CCUCCGUCACAAGAAAGGAAAAUGGCGGCUGUCGGACGUAUCUCUCAGUUGUUGCUGAGGUCUUCUUUGACCCAGGCCCGCCGUCAGCUCUCAGCUGCUGCUGCUCACGGCCACGGCGACCAAUCUGCCAGGCUAUGGAAGAUUCUCACCUUCGUGGUUGCAUUCCCUGGUGUUGGUGUGUGCAUGUUGAACAUGUACCUGAAGGAGCAGCAGCAUAGCCACGAGCAGCCAGAGUUCCACCCCUACUCUCACCUCCGCAUUCGCAGCAAGCGUUUCCCCUGGGGAGAUGGCAACCAUUCACUCUUCCACAACGCACAUCUGAACGCUCUUCCUGGUGGCUAUGAGGGCCAUGAUGAGUAAACCCUCCCUCCAGACCUCAACAAUGGAACGGGGACCAGACCUCACUCUGAGAUAGUUACCUGACCACACUCUCAUUCACAGUUUACUCUUUUCAUUUCUAUCGUUUACCUCUGUGCUCACAACAUGGAGCACCGUAACCAACAGUUUCUUUGCUCUGGACCAUUAAACAAAAAUGUCUGCUUAAACUGAAUUAUCCUAAAUAAAGUAACUAUUAUUAUUAUUACCUCAA